UCGCCGCUUCUCAAGUGAGGCGGUAACUUUCAUAUGUCUCAAGUGAACAUCUGGAAGAGGUUACUCGCGCUGCUCGUUACUCUGAGGAGUAUUUCAGAGUACGACUGCAACUUCAAAAUGUCUUUCGUAAAAGUGGAGGAGAAAAGUGACUUUUCUUAUCACAACUUGCCUUACGGAGUUUUUUCCACGCCGGAUAAUUCCAGGCACAGAAUCGGCGUUGCUAUUGGAGACCAGAUUUUGGACCUCAGUGCUAUCAAGCAUCUUUUCAAUGGACCGGCUCUUGGACCCCAUCAGGAUGUUUUUGAACAGCCCACACUCAAUGCUUUUAUGGCUGUGGGUUAUGAUGCUUGGAGAGAGGCGAGAAAGUGCCUCCAGAUGCUUCUAGCUGCAAAUGAGUCCACGCUGCGUGAUGACGCCAGUUUAAGAAGCCGGGCUUUUGUUCAGCAGACUUCUGCAGUGAUGCAUCUCCCAGCUGAGAUCGGCGACUACACAGACUUUUACUCAUCGAAAGAUCAUGCCACCAACGUUGGAAUAAUGUUCCGUGGAAAAGAAAAUGCCUUGAUGCCCAACUGGCUGAGACUGCCAGUGGGGUAUCAUGGGAGAGCUUCAUCUGUGGUCGUCUCUGGAGCACCAAUCAGAAGACCUCGAGGACAGAUGAGACCAGACGCAGACAUGCUGCAUGUCUUCCAGCGAGAGUCUGUCAGAAUUAUGCAGAGGGUAGACAUCUGUAUGUUAUAUGAGUACAGCUCCAGAAUUGUGCUGUUUGGAACAGUUCAUGCAGAGCAGAGCGAUGCCGUCUUGAUGGUUACUUACUCUAUGCAGUGUCUUUUUCUCUUUUAUGUUGCAGCUCGGGAUAUCCAGGCUUGGGAAUAUGUUCCAUUAGGUCCGUUCCUGGGCAAGAAUUUUGGGACCACUAUCUCGCCCUGGGUCGUUCCCAUGGAAGCACUGAUGCCCUUUGUCGAGCCCAAUCCGGUCCAGGACCCUGUGCCUCUUCCAUACUUGCGUCACGAUGACCCCUAUACGUUCAACAUCAACCUCUUUGUCGCUGUGAAAGGUGAGGGGAUGCGAGAGGCCGCCACCAUUUGCAAGUCCAAUUUUAAGUACAUGUACUGGUCCAUGAAACAGCAGCUGGCACACCACACAGUCAACGGCUGCAACGUCAGACCGGGAGACCUGCUGGCAUCAGGCACCAUCAGCGGACCGGAUCCAGAGAGUUUCGGCUCUAUGCUGGAGCUCUCAUGGCGAGGAUCCAAGACUAUUGACCUCGGCGAUGGAGAGACAAGGACCUUCCUGAAGGACGGGGACGAGGUCACUCUCACAGGUCAUUGUGAGGGCAGGGGCUAUAGAGUGGGAUUCGGUCUGUGUGAGGGGAAGAUCCUUCCUGCCCUGCAACAGUGACGCAGCUCUCUGUCCAUCUGUCUCCUUCUCUCCUGUAAGCCAGACAAAACAGCCAUGCGUUCAUAAUUUCUGAGUAAAACAAGAUAUUCAAUAAAAAAUAAUGUAGGGUGGAACUUGAUUUUUAUCCAUCGGGAUUGAUCGGAUUGUGAAAAUUGGUCAUUAAAUAUAAUUAAAUAUGAAGGAAAAUGUAAAAGAACUUGUUUCUUUAGAUAACCUUUGAGAUCUUAGGAAAAUAUGUCGCUAAAAUAGUAAUGCGUCAUCUUUAUUGGCUUCCAUAUGCUUGAAAACAGUCAUUAAUUUCUGCAAUUCAACUAGUUUUUGCAGAAAUGACACAUUUGAAUUGCUUUGUCAUU